UAUCCUUUAUAUAAUUCCACACCCACCCACUCAGUGUCUUUUUCUUCUUCCACUGAAAAACAACACUUCUAGAUCUCAAUUCAGUUACCAAACAAAGAAACAUGGAAGCUCUUCUAUCUCAAUUCACCUUCCUCUCAGACCAAUCUUUACAAGACAAGAACUUCGAUCCUUCGACGAUCGAAGAUCUUAUGAAACUAUUUGAGAUUGAAUCAUACAAAGCAUGGGCAGCAGCAGAACUUGAACAAGAAAAAGAGGUGGAAGAAGCAGAAGAUGCAAUGCAAGAAGCCGAGGAACGUCUCGAAUCGGCGAUGGAAAGUGCGAUGGAUGAAUUCAGAAGGUUUGAAGAAGAGUUAGAGAGGAUGUCAAAAGCUGAAAUGGAAAGUUUAGUUGAAACAGCAGAGAGUGCAAGAAGAAUGGGAAACUUGAUGGAAAAAAGUGCUUCUAUUGCUUCUAAGAAGUAUAUUGAAGCUGCUUUGAAUUCAGCUACUGCUUCUAUGAAAUCAGCUUGGAAAGGAAUCUCUUCUGGAAAGGUUCAUCCAUCUUAGAUUGAUUCAUGUAUAUGCAAUUAUGCAUCCACAAUUUAUCUAUCUAUUUAUUUUAAGAAAUACGUGACCAAAUUUCAUACCUCUUUAUUGAGAUAUAUAUUUAGUAGUGAAAAAUAAAAUAUUAUAACUGGAUCUGGAUGAAUGUGAUGUCAUGUGCCCCUCAUUUCUCGUUUAUUUGUUCAAUUGUAUGUUCAUUACUUUUGGCACCACAAA